CACGCGUGAGCACAUCCGUUCAGUUAUCCGCCAUUUCGAUUGAUAGUGUUCGGUCUCGAGAUGGUCGCAAACAUUAUCUGAUUGCACAUUAUGCCAUCAGGGCUUCUGCAAGAAUCUCGCCCUUCUUUGCUCAGUCACAGAGGACUUCACCGGACAGCUCGCCCAAAAUGUUCGAAAAGUCUCUAUACGACCUCAUCCGAGGCCUGCGGAACCACAAGGGCAACGAGAAGGAAUACAUCCAAAACAGCUUGAAAGAAUGUCGGGCAGAGAUUCGAGGGCAGGAUAUGGACCUCAAAGCUACAGCUUUAUUGAAACUUGUAUAUCUCGAGAUGUUUGGCCACGACAUGUCUUGGGCAUCUUUCCAUGUACUGGAAGUGAUGUCUUCAGCGAAGUAUCUCCAGAAGCGAGUAGGGUAUCUCGGUGCAGUUCAGAGCUUUCGACCAGAUACAGAAGUCUUGAUGUUGGCUACAAAUCUACUGAAGAAGGAUUUGACUUCCACUUCUGUGACAACGAUGACCCUUCCUAUAAUAACGUUACCACAUGUCAUUACACCAUCGUUGGCCAUGUCUGUACUUUCGGAUCUUCUCCCAAGAUUGACGCAUUCACAUCCUGCCAUCCGAAAAAAGACUAUCGUCACUCUGUACCGAUUGGCCCUCGUCUACCCCGAGACGCUGAGACCGGCAUGGCCAAAAAUAAAGGAAAGAUUGAUGGACGAGAGUGAGGACUCAAGUGUUACAGCAGCUAUUGUGAAUGUGGUUUGCGAACUAGGCUGGCGACGGCCAUCUGAUUUUCUUCCACUGGCACCAAGGCUCUUCGAACUUCUGGUUGAUAGCGGAAACAACUGGAUGGCUAUAAAGUUGAUCAAACUCUUCGCAACAUUGACACCAUUAGAACCCCGCUUAGUUCGGAAACUGUUGCCCCCUCUGACCUCCAUUAUUCGGACCACUCCUGCCAUGUCACUUCUGUAUGAAUGCAUAAAUGGCAUCAUUCAAGGAGGAAUCUUGGACAGUGGAGAUGACUCUGUUGGAGGCGAAGAGAUCGCAACACUAUGUGUGACCAAGCUACGAGGAAUGAUUAUGGUGGAGGGUGAUGCUAAUUUAAAAUAUGUGGCGUUACUUGCCUUCAACAAGAUUGUUCUCACCCAUCCAUAUCUUGUUGCUCAGCAGGAAGACGUCAUCAUGGAAUGUAUCGACAGCCCUGACAUCUCCAUACGACUACGAGCCCUCGAUUUAGUAGUAGGCAUGGUCAACAGUGACAAUCUCAUGUCUAUUGUUGGUCGUUUGAUGAGGCAAUUGAAGAACUCUCGCUCAGCUACUGCUGAGGAGCUGAAUCAUCGACCAGCGCCUAUAGAACCCAGUGCAGAUUCGGACGACGAAUCUCCCGAAGCUGCAAUUAAGAAUGCUAAAGGCGCUUCAGACGCGCCUUUAUUACCAGAUGACUACAAAGUCGAUGUUAUUACCAGAAUACUCGAGAUGUGCUCUGGAAGCAAUUACGGAAAUCUGGUCGACUUUGACUGGUAUAUUGAUAUCUUGACUCAAUUAGUUCGAACCGCCCCCAUCCCAGAUGCCACUUCAUCCACCUCGAAUCCAGAACCUGGGCAAAAUGAUCUCAAGGUGGACGUCUCGGAAAAAAUUGGAGAUGAACUUCGCAACGUUGCUGUCAAGGUGAAGGCUGUAAGAUUGCAAGCUGCAAGGGCUGCAGAAACUAUCCUUGUGUCUACUUACAAUGACAGCUCUUCGAACCUUACAUCUGGGAGUGGAAUCCUCAGACCGAUCGCUUGGAUUGCUGGAGAAUAUGCUUCUUAUUUGGCUUCUCCCGAAGGCACAUUAACUGCGUUGCUGCAAUUAACUAAAGGUGCCACACCCCCGGAGAGCCUGAUCUUCUAUCUACAAGCACUGCCGAAGAUAUUUUCCAUGAUGGCUGGUGACGAACAGCUCGCGUGGACCCCUGAGCGUAAAACAAUGAUCUCACUGUUGAUGGCUCGAGUGAUACACGCACUAGAGCCCCUUGCCAUACACCCUGAUUUGGAGGUUCAAGAACGAGCAGUCGAAUUUUCUGAGCUUCUGAAGUUGGCCGCAGAGGCAGCUACUGGGCAGGAACCAUCACAAGAUGACGCCCAAGACGCACCGUUGUUGCUCACACAAGCGAUACCAUCACUCUUCAUUGGCCUAGAGUUGAACUCAGUCGCAGUGGGUGCGCAGAAGAACGUACCCAUACCCUCUAACUUGGACCUGAACCAACCAAUCAACGCAAAUUUAAGCAACCUUUUAAAGGCUGUCGAGUUCUCUGGAUUUGAUGCUGUUGACGAGGAUGAGUUUGAGAUUUAUUACCAUAAACCGGAAGCACAAUCACAAAGUGUUGCUGAACCUGCAACCAACCGUCUUGGUGCUGCUGAAGAACCGGUCCAUUCAUAUCAACAAGGCGGCGAAGAAAGUUAUCUGGACCCAGAUAUUGUAGCUCGACGCCGGGCUGAGCGCCUGGAAAGGAAUAAGGACGAUCCAUUUUACAUUCCUCCAUCAGAUAGGUCCGGUGGCUCUACUCCUCUGCACAAUAUCCUUCAAAGCAACAAUGGAACGGAUAUGGAUAUUGAUGCCAUACCGAUUAUGCAAUUAGAUCUAGGUAAGACAGCCGCAAACAAGGCCGGACAACCAUCCACAAAAAGGCCAUCUGCAUCAAAAGCACGCCAGCGAAUCCAGGUUGCGGCAGAUGAAACUCUAGCGACAAGCGGCACAUCUACACCUAGGAAUGACGAUUCGGAAAACAGCCUGGAAGGCCAUCAAAGACCCAAAGCCAAAGGAAAGCAUUCUCUGCUUCAGGUCGACUCGAGCCAUAUUGGUGCUUUCUCACUCGAAGGCGACGGGUCUAGCGAACCAAUCGACUACGAGCGUCAGCAGAGAGAAGAAGCAGAAAUGGCAAAAGCGAUGAAAGAGGUUGAAAGGCUCCGGCUAGAAAUGCAACGAGCUAGUGAACGGAUUGAAGCUGCGAAAGGGGUUGAAGGUACGGUGGUGAAGAAAAAGAAGAAGAAGCCCAAGGUGGUUGAGCAUGAAGGGGAAGAAGAUGGAUCUGUAGCGGUGGUGAAGAAGAAAAAGAAGUCGAAGAAAUCUGUGAUAGAUGAUGGCUCUUUGGACCCAGAAGCGGCUGCCGAUGUGGUAAAGCCAAAAAAGAAGAAGAAGAAGAAAGCGAAGAUCGAUGAGGGUAUCGUUGACCCAGAAGGUGUAGUGGAUUCAUAGAGGAGCAUAGCGCAGCGGCUGGGAUAUUUCGGCGUAUGGCUUUGAAGCAUAGGAGCAUUUGGCAGGAAUUGGUAAAUACGUACUUUGAAGAUUGCAUUGGGAUGAAUGUACAUAGAAGACGUGGAGAAGACCAACUGCACCCACGAUUUUGCUCCCGAAUACCCCUUUCAUUGUCCAACUCGGAUUUCAUCUUGGCGGCGCGCCGAAUGAUAAGAUACAAUAAGUAGGUGGUGGUUGAAAAUCGAGAAGUGCAACAAUUAGGGAGAGUUCAUAACCCUAAGAAGAUGCAUUGAGAAUG